AUGGCAUUCGCUGUUUCAAUUUUAGAUGAGGAUCAAAAACCUCCGAAUGAUCCUGAUGAAGAUGCAGCUGCUCGAAUGCGAUUAAAACGAAAACUACAACGAAAUCGGACGUCAUUUAGUCAAGAACAAAUAGAAGCACUCGAAAAAGAAUUCGAACGGACGCACUACCCUGAUGUUUUUGCCCGAGAAAGACUGGCAAGCAAGAUAGGCCUACCGGAAGCAAGAAUUCAAGUAUGGUUUUCGAAUAGACGAGCUAAAUGGCGUCGCGAAGAAAAAUUGCGGAAUCAAAAACGACCUUCUAUAAUGGACUCCACAAUAGGAACUGGAAGCAAUAACACCAAUUCGAAUAAUGCUACGACUAGUUCAAGCACAACGCAAGGCAGCAUAAUCACUCCGAUUAACAGUGGAACACAAUUAACAGGUGCAAGUCCAACGCAUACAUCAACGAGAUUUAACAACCAAACUGUUGGUUCAAGCUUUAUGCCACCGAGCGGGCAAAUGUAUCCGUUGCCUCAAACUACUAUGGAUCCAUAUGGUUUCAGCUUUGCGAAUGCAGGAUUAGGAAUGGCACCAACCCAACACACUCCAGAUUUUAGCGCAUAUCAUAUGUUCCCUGGUGCAACAAGGUCACCUUACGAUGCUUUUCAUCCAUAUGCAAGAGCAAUGCCAGCUGGUGCCCCUCAACCCUUCUCUUCAUCGAUGAACCAUAGUUCAAUUUCGAAUGUCACUGGUACGGGUUUCUGUGCUAUUUUCUAA